AUGAAUUUACGUCAAAUUGUAUCGAAACUGAUAAUAUCUGUUAUCAUUGGAUCAACUAUUGAUUGUUCAAUAAGCGAUACUAAUGACAAAGAUCCUGAAGUUUGGAUAACAGUGUCUUCUUUAGCCGAUUUUAAUAGAAAGCUUAACCGAACCAUAGAAAGACAAAUUGAGCUCAACUGGAGACGAGUUACCAUCGAUGGACAACACAAUCAAUGGAUUGGACUAUUCAAUGAAAAUCCCAGUAAUGAAAAACUCGUAAAAAGUGGUAAAAAUUAUUCAAUUGAUUCAAUUAAUAUCGAUUUACUAAACAAUGGAAGUUAUAGAACUUACAUACAAUUUCCAUACAAAAAGUUUUCAAUGAAAAAUCUCAACAAUUCGUGUCUAAAAUAUUGGAUCGCAUUAAUCAAAAAUAAGAAAAUUAUUGCUAAAAAUUGUCUUAAAAUACAUCCAUUUUGGAUGGAAAAAAAUAUGGCUAUCAUUGGUAAUAUGAGUUUAUUGGAUCUGAUGAUACCGGGAACUCAUAAUAGUGGCAGUUUUGAUAGGUAUGACCUCUACGAGGAUACGCUUACCAAUAAAUACACUCUUUGUCAAGACGAAAGUAUAUUUAAUCAAUUGAUUUAUGGUAUCAGAUUUCUAGAUUUACGAAUAGCUUAUGAUAACAAUAAUGAAGAUAAGCAAAGGGUAUGGAUAGUUCACGGACCGGUAGUUAUGAAACAUACAUUAAAUUCAGUGAUACAACAAAUCAAACGAUUUAUGGAAAUGGCACCAAAAGAGGUGAUUAUUAUUGAUUUUCAUCGAUUUGAAAAAGGCUUUGCAAAAGACGAAUUAUCACAACAAAAGAUAAGACGACAUCAUCGAAAAGUGUGGACUAUUUUAGACAAACAUCUUCUCAAAUAUUUGGUACCUAAAAGUAUGGGACUCAGGACUAAACUCAAUGAAUUAAUCGCUAAAAACAAACGAAUAAUCAUUGGCUAUACAAGUGAUAAUUAUCUGAUUGAUCGACAAUAUCUGUUCCCACAAACUAAACAUUUGUGGCCAAACACUGAUAUCGUUAAUGAAAUGGUCGACUAUUUUAAUAAAACCAUUUGCGAUGUCUUUCCCGGAGAGUUAGUCUCAUCAAUGGCUCAAUUGACUGCUGAAAAAUUCAAAUUGAUUAUCGAUUUGUAUGACGGCUUGCGAACAAUGGCUCAAAAUGUCAAUCGCCUAAUAACUGAUGCUUUCCAUUGGGAUAGUGGGAUGGGUUGGACUGACUGUGCAAAUGUGGUCUCCAGUGACUAUUUUCUGGGUAAUAAUCUAAUCGAUAUAUCAAUUAAAACAAAUCUAAUGCGAUCUAAAAAGCAAUCAACUGUUAAGUAA